AUGGUUUUGAUAUACAUUUUAUUUAUUAGUAUUUAAAUUUCAAUUCGUUAAAAAAGAUUGGGUGAAGAAUUAUUUUCGAAAAACUCUUAACCAAAUUUAUUCAAAUACAGCAUUUAUAACAAUCUUGAAUUGGUUAACAAUUUUAGGUCAUUCUCGCAUUUUUUUACAAAAAUUUAAGAAUAAAGUGUUUUAAAGUAUUAAAAACAUGUUCUAAAAGAUGGAAAUAUCCCUGAAAGAUUAACUGUAUUAUAACAUGUCUUCAAAUACAAGAAAAUUCAGCUCUAUCUAAAUUUAAUUAAUAUAGAGAAGAUAAAUUUAAGCUACUUGCAACAAUUAACUUUAGAAGCCAAUUUAUUAAAUGUUAUUCAAUCUUGUGAGAAAUUAAUUACAUCUCCUCUUAAUGUUAAUCUAUACAUAAAAACAUUGAUUUUAGAACAAUCAAAUUUUCAACUUUUAAUUAAUUUUAUUGAUUUAAAAAGUUAAUUUUAUAUAUUAUUGGCAAAAGAGUAAGCCAUGGAUUAAUAUCUAAAGUCAUUUAGAAUUCAACUUAAUAAGAUCUUAGAAACACUUGAAAAAUAUAAGAAUAUAUAUGAAAAAUAAUAUGAUAUUCAAAAUGGAAGAUUAUUAGAAUUUAAGAAUUCAGAUUAAAUUUCAAUUAAUAUUGUAUCUUCAUUUUUAUUUGUAUUUUACAGCAACUAUUAUAAGGUAAUUUUAAAAAUAUUAUGAUAGGUUAAAGAGCUCUAGAAAAAAUAAAGUGACCUUUUGGCUUAUGAUAAGAUUAUGAAUAUGAAAUUUCAGAAAAGUAAAUAUAUUUAAAUUAUAAUAGAUGAGGCCUUUUUAUUAUCAUCAAGCUUUAUAAAGGAUUCAAAUAACAUAAUUAAUAAAAAUAAUAAAAGGCUUCUCUAAAUUUUAGGUGGAUAAAUGGAACCUAAAUAACUUAUAGAAUUGUUACCUUAAUUCUAAAAAACUGUUUAUAAUAGUUUUGUCAGUUAAUAUUUAUAUUAAGGCUUAGAUAUAAAUUAGCCUUUGACUUUAUAUUUUUAUAAAAAUGAGUAUUUGGUUGAAUGUAAUUUAUACAUUUAUGUUACAAUAAGCAAAGAUGAUAUAAUCUUGUAAAAUUUAUUGGUGCUUAAAAACUAACCUAAUCAUUUUGCAAUAUUUGAUUCAGAAGGAAAAGUAUUAGGUAUUUCCUAAUAAAUAUACGAAUUUUUAAUUUCAAAAAGUGAUAAUGUUUUUACUAAAAAGUUAGUAGUUUCUGAAUUCAUAUAGUCAGGCAUGAUAUAGUAUUAUCUUCCAGAAAUAUAUUCUCAUAUUUAAGAUUUGGCAGCUCAAUAUUAAUUAGGAACAUUUUAAUAAACAGUGAAUAUUUCUUCAAGAUGGUAAUUUCCAGUAAAUCAUAAAAAAUGCCUUGAAUAAACUUAAGCAUUAGGACUUGUAAAUGAUGAAGGAACUAUAUCAUCAUAAUUUAAAAAAAUCUUUUAUUCAUCAUCCACAAAAAGAUUAGUUUCUUCAAAAUAACAUAAAUUAACAGAUGAAAUGCCUAUCAUAAAAAAUGUGAAAAUUAAGAUUAUGCAAAAAUAAAUAAUGAAUCAAAUACAAGCACUUGUUGUUCCUCCUUCUAGGAUGAAGAGUAUAGAUUUUGAAGGAUCUUUAGAAUUUGUAUAAUAAAAAUAUAUAGAAUCAGAGACUAACUACUUUGUUUUGAGAUAUAAAUAAAUAGAAGAAUUUUAAUAGGAAAAAAUAACCUAGAUUCCUUUAAUAGAAGAUAUUUAAAAUUAAUCAUUAAUUAUCAAUGAAUAACAAUUUGAAGGACUACAAUCUGAUUAUGAAUUCAUUUCUAACCUAAUAAAAAGUAAGAAAUUAUACACUCCUUUAAAAUAUAACAUUUGGAUUGUCAUAUUAAUGAUUUUAGUAACCACAGUUGCUUUAAUUGUAAGUUAUCAAUUAAAUUAUGCUAAUAUGAUUAACUAUCAAAAUGAUGUUAAUUUUUUAAAUACUCCUUAGGCAAUGACAUUUAAUAUUGGAGCUUCUUUUAUGUUAAUGUGGAAUUAAUAUUGUAUUUAAAACAAGCUUUAUAUUAUAAGUCCCUUUUUAGAAUAUAAAAGAUAAAAUUAAUUGAUAUAUGUUUUUGAUUUUUGGGGAAGUGUUCAUGAAGAAUAUUCAAUGAAUCUCAGUAGAAAAAGUAUUUAAUUGGGUUUUGAAAACAUCGAUUUAAUAAGCUAUAAAAAUGAUAUAAAAGUUUAAUAAUAUUUGGAUUAUUAUGAAUUUUAUGCAAUAAUGAGAGAAGCUUUGGUUAGAUAAUUUAAAAAGACAGAUUUUAAGAAUAUUUCAACUUUUGAUCCAGAUAUACUUAAAACAAAUGGGAUAAUUCGUUAAAAUAUGUUAAAGAUAUACAAAUUCCACAAUUUUAUAUUAGAUGAAGUGAUUAAAUCUACUGAAGAUUCUUUUGAUUAAUUUGAGGAUAGGACAUUCAUCUUUUGUGUAUAUUCUUCUAUGGUAAUAUUAAUUCUGAUAAUUGUUUUUUUUAUUGUCAAUUGUAAAUUGUUAAGGACAGAAACCAAGCUUAUACGAUUGCUAUAAUAUUUAAAUAUUAAAAUUAUUUAAGAGUAAUUAGAAAUAUUAAACUAUUAGAAAGAAUAAUUAUAAAAAUUAUUAUUGAAUCAAAUUUAAUAAAAAGAUGAACCUCUUGUUUAAAAAUAAAGUGAAAAAAUUAUUACAAAUUAAGCUAAGAAUAACCCUUUAAGCAAAUUAGAUCAUUAUAGUGAAAAGUACACUUUAUUAAUAAUUUUAUCAUUGAUAGUAGGUGUUGAACUUAUAUUAUUUAUAUUUGGCUCCUAAUUGGUAUCCAAAUUAUAUAAUAGUUAAUAUUAAAGUAGUCUUAUACUUACAAUGAAAUAUUUGAAAUUGAAAUCAAGGCUUGAUUCUGCUGUAAUUGUAGGAGAAGUUAUAAAAACUGAACAUCUCAUUUAAAACAAUACUUCUAUUGAAUAUAUUAAUUAAACUGAUCAUGUUGAAUUCUUUUUCAAUAAUAUUGAUGUUUUGUUGAAUCUUUCAGAUUAAAUUAAUAAUGAACUUGUUAUUACAAGCUCCUAUAAUUAAACAUUUUAAUAAUAGUUGAUUGACAUUUUUAAUGAUGAUCUUUGUACUUACUACUCUAGUAUAUUGAGUUUUUGCAAAAUAGAAAAUAUAUAAAAAGAAUAUUAUGAAAGUGAAAAUUAUUAAACAUUAAUUGAUAAAGGCAUAUAUGGAAUUAUUUAAGACUUAAAUAAAUUAUCUAAAUAAGAAUUCAACUUUGAGCAAGUAAAUUAACGUUAUGAAUAUGAUUAGAGUCAUUCAAAUUAUUUUCUAAAAUUACAAAUACAUGGCCAUUUAUUUUUGCAAUACUUUAUUGAACUAUAAACUUGCAUUUAUUUUUGCUUUUUAGACAUUUUUACAGAGACUUAGAUAUUAAGUAAUAAAUUAUCGAAUUAAAUAUUGAUUUAUUUAAUCUCAUCAUCUGUGGCGUAAAUAUUACUUAUAAUUUAGAUUUCUUAUCUUUACUUCAUUUUUAUCAGGAUAUUGGAUUAACAAAUAAUAUAACAGAAUAAAUCAGUUGAAAUUGAUUGCUACUUUGUUUCCACCUACUUUAAUUUAACAAAAAGGGUUUAAUAAAUUGUUGUACUCCCAACUAAUACAGAUUAAAUGA